GUUUGCUACAGCACUAUUAGCACACACAAAAAGACAACAGAAAAAGAAAGAAAGAUGUCUGUCUCUUGUGAUGCAACACUGGAUGGAAUUUUCAAUAAAACUGUUGAAAAUAUAAAAUCACUGUCUGCAAAAAGUAAAGAGAAAAAACGGAAGAUCAUUGGGGAGUUGCUAAACAUUGACGGAAAAUACUCAUCUGAGCAUUCAACUGAAGUGAAGGUCUUCAACGACCCCAUUCAUGGUCAAAUGGAGCUGCACCCCCUGCUGGUGAAGAUCAUUGACACUCCUCAGUUUCAGAGACUGAGACACAUUAAACAGCUGGGAACUAAAUAUCUGGUGUAUCCUGGAGCCACUCACACUCGCUUCGAACACUCUCUUGGGUAACUUUUUCCUCUUU